AUGACACGGCGGUGGCCCGACCAGGCAGUGCGUGGCCCUAUACCCUGGCUGUUCGCCCUCCACCAAGAAUUAAUAUUACUGCACCUCGAGCUGGCUACAGCCCAGGAAGCGGACGUCCCUCGAUACUACUUCCCUCGUGAGCUCAAGAGACAGUAUUCCAGCCGUUUGCCCACCGUGCCCCCAUCGCUUCCCGUUGCUAUUCCCGCGGAAAGCUCUCCGGAGUCGGUUGCACCAGUGACUGCCUCCUCAAGCCCAUCCCCUUCCACUGUUUUCGUCAUUGUUUCAGUGGACGAACAUGGAGUAUCGCACACCGUUACCCAGACUAGCUCUGUCUUGCCUACGAACUUCCCCUUGGCCGCGGAGAGUCCGACUGUCUCAACGACUGAACCAGCCCCGCAGGCUGCAUCGUCGACUUCUGCUGAAACUUCGGCUCCAGCUGAGACCGUCACCCCUGGGACAUCGGCUGCUGUCGAACCAUCCACCCCCGCAGAGGCAUCCAGUUCAAUCGAGUCCUCGGCUCCUGCCCCAGCGUCCAAUUCCGUUGAGACCUCCGCCCCCAUGGAAACAUCCGCUUCUGACCCGGCUACCCCCAGCUUCACUUCUUCUGCCCCAGAGGCUCCUUCUAGUGACGUUGCGCCCUCAUCAACUGCGACGCUGGCUACGCCGGUGCCAACCAACUCCGCAACGAACCCUCCCUCAACUGGCCUUAGCCUCGGUCGAGGAAGCCUGAGCCCCUCGACGAGUGCAUCCAGUGCGGAGGGAAGCUCAAUCCCGGUCACAAGUUCUGCGGUACAGUUGAGUUCGACUAGUGUGCCCCAUUCAGAACCCAUAGGUGCCACCAGCGCAAGCAGUCCUCUGAGUGCGCCUAGCAGUGCAGUGGAGGGAACAACUACGACCGAUCCUUUAGCAGGGAUCCUGCCCUCCAUUUCCAUUCCCGGAUUGUCGGACACUACAACCUCUGCAGGGUCAAGUCUACCCCAGGUCACCGCAUCUUCAAGCGUUCCUCCCGAGUCGACGACUACGACCGAUCCUUUAGCAGGGAUCUUGCCCUCCAUUUCCAUUCCCGGAUUGUCGGACACUACAACCUCUACAGGGUCAAGUCUACCUCAGGUCACUGCGUCUUCCGGCAUUCCCACUUCAGCACCGUCCAGCACAUCAGGGGUCUCCGCUUCCGGGUCACAGCAGCCCAUUCCUGAAGCCACAACCACGCCGUGGGGUAUUAUCCCUGCUCUUUCAAGUAUCCUCGAUCCAUCGACCACUCCGGACCUCUGUUUCUGGUUCUCAGCUUCCUAUCCCUACUUCGUCUACUACGCCCUUGGCCCCGCUGCCUUGGUUGUCAAGUCUGAUCCCAGAGCCGUCAAGCACCUCAGGGACCUCCACCGGGUCACUGCUCCCUAUCCCAACAGCGUCAAGUACGUCGGGGACCACCGCAUCCGGGUCACUGCUCCCUAUCCCAACAGCGUCAAGUACAUCGGGGACCACCGCAUCCGGGUCACUGCUCCCUAUCCCAACAGCGUCAAGUACGUCGGGGACCACCGCAUCCGGGUCACUGCUCCCUAUCCCAACAGCGUCAAGUACAUCGGGGACCACCGCAUCCGGGUCACUGCUCCCUAUCCCAACAGCGUCAAGUACGUCGGGGACCACCGCAUCCGGGUCACUGCUCCCUAUCCCAACAGCGUCAAGUACAUCGGGGACCACCGCAUCCGGGUCACUGCUCCCUAUCCCAACAGCGUCAAGUACGUCGGGGACCACCGCAUCCGGGUCACUGCUCCCUAUCCCAACAGCGUCAAGUACAUCGGGGACCACCGCAUCCGGGUCACUGCUCCCUAUCCCAACAGCGUCAAGUACGUCGGGGACCACCGCAUCCGGGUCACUGCUCCCUAUCCCAACAGCGUCAAGUACAUCGGGGACCACCGCAUCCGGGUCACUGCUCCCUAUCCCAACAGCGUCAAGUACGUCGGGGACCACCGCAUCCGGGUCACUGCUCCCUAUCCCAACAGCGUCAAGUACGUCGGGGACCACCGCAUCCGGGUCACUGCUCCCUAUCCCAACAGCGUCAAGUACAUCGGGGACCACCGCAUCCGGGUCACUGCUCCCUAUCCCAACAGCGUCAAGUACGUCGGGGACCACCGCAUCCGGGUCUCAAUUACCUAUUCCAGGACCAUCAAGCUCAUUGGCGACCCCGAUUCCCGGGGUAUCGAGUAUCCCAAUCCCGGGAUUGUCAAGCACAGGAACCACGACUCCGGGAGAAUACCGGUCACCCCAACCACUCCUAUUCCCACGAGCAGCACCACGGCCCAGUUUACAUCUGCCAGCGUUCCGUUGAUUGCGUCUUCCACUAGCAUUCAAGUAACCUCAACACCCGUCCCAUCGACCGAAACAACGCCUGGCAGUACGAUUCCCCAGACCACAGUGGUUCCCACCCCAAGCACGGAGCAAUUGACCUCUACUACCGAGCAGCCACCGGCCCCGACGACAACGGCCGGUUGGACGGCUACCAGCUCCGACUACGAUUUUGUGCCAUCCACUAUUCUAGUUGAACCUCCGAGCACGACGCAGACUACAACAACAGCCACUACUAGCAGCACAACGCUGCCCCUUCCAGCAGCUAUUGCCCCUGCUGGAGGAGCGCCCGAUUCGCCUCCUGAAAAUUCUACCUUGGUACGGCUAGGCUUCAAUGGGAAACUCAGGUACAGCUUCGUUGCCACGACGACCUUGUCUUCUUCGCAGAUUUUUCUCUACGUCCCUCAAGGUCUUGAAUACGCUCUGCAAAUCCUCGGAAGCCAGGUGCAUUCGGUUUCGAUUGAGCCGUACGACAACUCAAAGGUCACUGGUUAUGUUGCAACGACCCUGCUGAUAUACAUUCCUUCGGAUUCGGUGAACUCGUUGGCCCAAAUGCUUCACAAUCCAAACUCCAGGCUCUAUGAUCAGCCCAACGCACCGGUUCGAACAUUGCUAUCUAUGCUGGACCCUACGAUUCCUCUCCUUGGUGAUGACACAGGCUCUUCAAGCGGGUUCACCAACUUUAAUGGCGGCGGAGCCAACAGCGGCAGUAGGGGUAAUGACGGCUCUGCGGAUGAUGGCAGCGAUGAUGACGGAGCAAACUCUAGCUCUCCCGUCCACGCAAGUUCUGUGGGCAUUGGCCUUGGUGUAGUUGGAGGUGCCGCAGUGUAUGGUGCUGGAAUGGUCUGGAUUGCACGCCGCUACAGGAAGAAGCGCCAGCUUCACCGGCGCGUGAGUUCAACGGCUAGCCAGAUGAGACAAGAGCCUGGUAGCGCGUCACUGUUCGUUAGUGGUGGCAGACUUUCUCGGCAUAGCCACAAUAGCCGAAGGAGCAACCGCACACAAAUGAUCAGUGCACCUGUAACGGCCGAGAACUCGCUGGGAUGGAAUUGA